AUGUUUCCCACUAUCCUCCGGGACCCUGAUGCAGCCAAAAAGCUGUUUGAGACUAUCAUCGACUCUCCUAAUGGCCGCCGCUCCAUGUCACGCCUUGCGCGGACCUGUAGAGCUAUGUGCGAGCCCGCUUUGAAUGUACUAUGGAGGGAACUGGACUCCUUACUUCCAAUUAUUUCGCUGUUUCCCAACACCCUGAUGAAGAGAGCCCGCCGACCUGGGCUCGGUUUGGCCAAGGCACCCAAUGCCGAGGACUGGAGCCGAGUUCUCGCCUAUGGUGAACGUGUACGCCGCAUUGCGUAUAUCGAGUCCUCUCCAAGCGUCUCUCCAUCUAUCUUCGCAAUCAUCGCGGAGAACCGACCCGUACAAUACAUCCUUCCUCACUUGCAGCAGCUCAUCUGGCGUGUGGAUACUGCUGCUGGUCUGCAACGCUGCACUAUUUUCCUGAACCCAGAGCUUCAAAGUCUGGUUUUGGAGGUCAGCACGAGGAUCCCACAGCUUGCCACUUUCCUUGCGGAGGUAUGCAGUACCACUCAACUGUCAUCCUUCUCCUUCACUUCGCCCACGAGCCUUCCCGACACAUUCACUGAUAUUUUGAGGUCCCACAACACAUUGGAAAAGUUGGUUCUAGUUGCACCUGGCGCGCUUUCAUCGAGCGUCGGGCAAUGGGCUGCAUCUUUGCCUAUGUUGCGUGUCCUCGAACUUGAUCUUACUGGCCGGUCUGUCAUCGCAGUUGAAGGCUUCUUUGACGACAUUGUCGCUUCGGGAGCUUCCACUCCCAGUGAUGCGUCGUCAGACAGUGGUGUCUUCUCUGGGGAUGAGAUAGACUUCACGGAAAUCCGCAAGUCAUCCUUGCGCUUGACCGGUGACCUGCGCUCGGGUGGCGUAUUUACAGAUCUCCAUCAGCUAUCGUUGACUGGAGAGGUUGCAAACAUCGCAGUGUUCCUAAAGCAUCUGACGAGCAAUCUUACGCACCUGGAGCUCGUUAUCGAGGACCCCCCGGAUAUGGCCGACUGGCAGGACCUCUCUGGUCUGAUCUGCGAGCGCUUCAGCAAGUCGCUCCUCUCGUUGCGUAUUAAUGCAACAGGCUCAUCCCGUUUCAAUGAGCUUGUGAGAUCAACGUCUCGAGGCGGAGACCCACCUUCCCGUCACCUUCCCCUCCAGCACUUCACCUCGCUUCCAUCUCUGCUCCGUCUAGAAAUAGACCUGCCAGAAUCAGUCCUCUUCCAUAACUCAGAUCUGCAGGCUGUAGCCCAGGCAUGUCCCAACAUCGAGACCCUCCGGCUCUGCCCUAUGGCACGUUUCCCCGCCUCGUCUGGGCCCAGCCUUACGUUAGAAGGUGUUGCGGUUCUGACUCAGGGCUGCAAGCGACUACAGACGCUUGCACUCGUGCUAGAUGCCCACACGGAGUCCGAGGAGACAUUUAACUCCCUCGAUGUAUCCUCGCGGUCACUUCUCCGCCUACACGUGGGUCACUCCGUUGUCAACGACCCUCUUCAGACAACCAUUCUUCUCAGUCACCUUGCGCCCUAUUUGGAGACAAUAAAGUGGUUCCAUGAGAAGAACCGUCCCGGAUAUGUCGAGGCAAACGCAUCAGGCUGGCAGAAGGUUUCGGACUGGCUGCCACACAUGCAAGGCAUGCGCUUGAUGGAGAGGGCUAGGGCUGUGCAUCUUUCCACGCAGAAGCCCGAGACCCGGGAACAGAGUAUUGACGCCACUGUGACGCGCAUUACUGCAGACAAGUCUUUGCAGGCCAAGCCUCGUUUGGUUCAGCGCCAUGUCCAGGUGUCGCCCAAACUGGUUGAUAGAUCAACUGAGGCUAAGCCAGAGUUGGUCUCAAUGUCCAUUGAUGCCACACCGUCAAUCAUGGAUACAGGCGUCGAUGCUACUCCGGCGGUCUUACAUCAGGCCGUCUCCGUUCGGCCUAACAUGGUCUCCACCGAAGUCGAUGCAUCGGUUCACACGGAAACCAAAGCUAUCAGUGCCAUCCAAGCGCUACCCUUUGAAGAAUCCAGCUCAGCUAAAUACGCCGACCCCGUCUAUGCCUUCCCUUCCGUCAUCCCUGCAGUCCUUGCUGGACUGCUUACCUUCGCAUGUCGUAUUCUCACAUCUUACCCUCUCACGAUCCCUAUGCAUAUGCUCGACAAAUCUCUCUCCAUACUCCAUGCACAACCAAAAGAAGGGGACGAUUCGUCCUCAGAAAAACAUGAACUCAGGCCUUCUCCUGCACACUCGGUUUCAUCAUCGACGUCGGAGCUCCUGGAUCAUGAUAUUCCUCCUGUUUGUCUAUGA